CCCCCGAACUGAUCAUUAUCACCACCAACUACAGAUUCUAAGGCUUCGGUUAGUGGAUCAGGCUGCAUAAAGACAUCAAACGGGUUUAGAUCGUAACUAGGGUGGUGUUAUGGUCGCUGCUGAUUCUCGGGCUAGCAUGGGAGGAUAUAUCUCCUCACAAUCUGUGAAGAAGAUUAUUGAAAUCAAUCCUUAUAUGCUCGGUACAAUGGCUGGAGGAGCUGCAGAUUGCCAAUUUUGGCACAGAAAUCUUGGAAUUAAGUGCCGUCUACAUGCGCUGGCAAACAAGAGGAGAAUCUCUGUUUCCGGAGCUUCAAAACUUCUUGCGAACAUGCUGUAUUCAUACCGAGGAAUGGGACUUUCUGUUGGCACAAUGAUUGCUGGAUGGGACGAAACUGGUCCUGGACUAUACUAUGUUGACAACGAAGGAGGACGGCUCAAGGGAGACAGGUUUUCAGUCGGUUCUGGUUCACCAUACGCUUACGGUGUACUGGACAGCGGGUACAAAUACGAUAUGUCAGUUGAAGAAACUUCGGAGUUAGCGAGGAGAUCAAUCUACCAUGCGACAUUCCGUGAUGGAGCCAGUGGUGGAGUUGCUAGCGUGUACCACGUUGGUCCCGAAGGAUGGACGAAACUAUCAGGAGAUGAUGUUGAGGAGCUACACUACCACUACUACCCCGUGGCACCAGCUAUCGCAGAACAAGUGAUGGAGGAAGCAACAGCCGAGUAAUAAACAUGUUUAGUUUUCUAAUCGUUCACUCCCUUUUCUGUUGUUGCAUUUUGUGGUAGUACAUACUGAGUUGUCUCUAGCUGAAGCUUUGGUAUUCUAUUUUACUGAUCUGAAAUGUUGCUCGCAACUCAUUCUCUA